GGAGAUAGAGAAUGACAAGGAGGUCUUGUUACAGAGAUGUGUUGCCAUUUACAGCAAUGGUUACAGUGGAGAGCACCAACGUUGGCUUAAACAUCUUGUUCAAGUCAGCUACCUCAAAAGGGAUGGGUAACUAUGUCUUCAUAACACAUAUCAUGAAGACAUACCCGGCUGAGCUAGUUUUGGCACUGUUAUACAACUUGUUUGGAACAAUUAUAUCAGCACCAGUCUGUUUACUAAUAGCUGAAACAAACUUAAGUGCCUGGAGACUAAGACCUGGGGUAGCAUUGGCUGCCAUUAUAUACUCGGUAAGGAUCUUUAGUUCAGCCUUGAGCACUGUUGUCAAGACAUGGAGCCUAAACUUGAAAGGUCCUGUGUAUGUAUCAAUCUUCAAGCCAUUGUCAAUUGUCAUUGCUGCUGCAUCCAGCGUCAUAUUCCUCGGCGAUGAUCUCUUUCUCGGCAGUGUUAUUGGAGCUGUUAUGAUAUCCAUAGGGUUUUAUGGGGUAAUAUGGGGAAAGGCAAAGGAAGAAAGUAGAGAUCAAGACUAUGGCUUUAAUAGCUUGAGAGGGUUACAUAGUGGUAAGGCACCAUUAUUGGAAACCUACAAAGCUGAAAGCAUGUAACUUUCAAAUGUACAGAUGAACAUUACUUGAUUAUAAGAAGAUUUAGCAGCAAG